AUGAAGCUCCUACUGCACCUGCUCGCUUUCGUCAGCCUGUACGCCGGCCUCCCGGCGCAGGCUGUGUCUACAUUCGCCCCGGCCAGACCGCCGGCGAUCCCCUUGGCCGUGAGAUCGCCAUAUCUAAACACCUGGCUCAAUGGGGAUGCCAAAGGCAUUCUGCCUGGCACGUGGCCAAAGUUCUGGGCAGGCCAGAUCACCGGAUGGCAGGGCUUCGUCCGGGUGGACAACGCCAUGUACAACUGGAUGGGCGCGGCUCCCGGCCCGCCCGCGGUCAACCAGCUGUCCUUCACCUACACGUCGACCAAGAGCAUCUUCACGUUCGACGUGGGGGGCAAGGUCGCCAUGACCGUGACCUUCCUCUCCCCCGUCUACCCGGACGACGUGGAAAAGCAGUCGCUGCAGUUCUCGUACGUGCGCGUCGGGGUCAAGUCCUCUGACGGGGCCAGCCACAACGUGCAGGUGUACAUGGAUGUCGCGGGAGAAUUCGCCAGCGGAGGCGACCACUCCAAGAUCAUCCAGUGGAGCAAGGGCACCUCGGGCACGGGCGGCAACGCCGUCGAGUACGCCGAGUUCGCGCUCCGGGACCAGGCAGUGUUCCGCGAGAGCAACGAGCAGGCCAACUGGGGCACGUGGUUUCUCGCCACCUCUGGGGACGCGGGACUAACGUCGCGCGUGGGCGGCGGCGAUGUGGCGACGCGGCAGCAGUUCGCGGCCGACGGGCGGCUCGACAACUCGGUCGACGGGAACCCGCGCUCCGUGGCCGACAACUGGCCCGUCUUCGCCUUUGCGCGCGACCUCGGCGGCGUGUCCGGGGAGGAGAAGGAGGUGGUCUUCACGCUCGGGCUGGCGCAGGACUCAGUCGUCAACUUUCAGGGCCAGGGCGCCUCGCCCACGGCGCUGACGGGGCCGUGGAAGAGGAACUUCGGCAGCGCGGCCGACUCGGCGGCCGGGUUCCACCGCGACUGGAGCGCGGCUGUCCGGGCGGCGGACUCGCUCGACGAGCGGAUCCGGGCCGACUCGGCGGCGGCGGGCGGGGACGACUACGCUGCCAUCACAACACUGGCGGUACGGCAGACGUUUGGCGGGCUGCAGAUGGCGCAGGGGCCCGGCGGCCAGCAGUACGUGUUCCUCAAGGAGAUCAGCUCCAACAGCGACGUACAGACGGUCGACGUCAUCUUCCCGGCCAUGCCGAUCCUGCUGUACCUCAACCCGCGGCUGCUGCGGCUGCUGCUGGACCCGCUGUACGAGAACCAGGAGGCGGGCCACUACCCCAACAGCUACGCCAUCCACGACCUGGGAACCUUCCCAAACGCCCUGGGCUACCCGGCCGGCAACGACGAGCCCAUGCCGCUCGAGGAGUGCGGCAACAUGAUCAUCAUGACGCUCGCCUACGCGCAGCGCGCCGCCGACGACGACUACCUGCGCGCGCGCCUGCCCAAGCUGCGCCAGUGGGCCGCCUUCCUCGUCGACGACAGCCUCGUACCAGCCAACCAGCUGUCGACCGACGACUUCGCCGGCACCCUAGCCAACCAGACCAACCUGGCCAUCAAGGGCAUCAUCGGCCUGCGCGCCAUGGCCGAGAUUGAGCGGCGGGCCUCGUCAGGCGCCGCUGAGCUGGCCGUGGAGCAGGAGUCGUUCGGCGCCAUCGCGAGCAGCUACCUCGACGCCUGGCAGCGCCUGGCCGUCAACUCGGCGGCCAACCCGCCGCACACGACGCUGUCGUACAACCAGCCCGACAGCCACGGGUUGCUGUACAACAUCUACAGUGACCGUCUGCUCAACCUCGGCUUCGUGCCCCAGUCCGUGUACGACAUGCAGAGCACGUUUUACAGGAGCGUGGAGCUCGAGUUCGGUGUCGCCCUCGACACGCGCCACACAUGGACCAAGAGCGACAUGUUUGCCGCGGCCGUGGCCGACAACGAGACCAAGACCAUGUUCGUCUCCAAGUUGCGCAAGUGGAUCGACGCCACCACGUCAGACAGGGCCAUGACGGACCUCUACGACGCGAGCACGGGGGGCUACCCGGGAGGCGGGCCGACGUUUGUGGCUCGGCCCGUUAUGGGGGGCUUGUUUGCCCUCUUGGCCUUACCAAAGUGA